UGAUGUUUGCUUCGAUACGUGUAUUAACAAUUGUUCGAAAUAGUCGCAUUGACAUAUUGUGUAGUGUGUAUGUGAAUACGUGUGCGUGUUUAUAUGAAGUAAAUUUUGGUCGAUAAAAUAUGUUAGAAAUUUGUUGAAUAUGAGUGAAGGAGCGAAUUCAGUUUCGCAAAUCUGCGAGAAUUCGCUUACGACCUUGAAAGAUGAGGUCGAUCCUGAAGAACUUCCUCCAAGAACAAUAUCGCAUACUACUAGAAGAUCACGGUUUGGUACAGGCAAUGUCCCGCUCUCACCUUAUAUCUUGAUCGAUGGAAAAAAAUUGCGAAGUUCUUUGGCAUUAAGCAAAAAAAAGUUUCCCCGACGUGUGAGUUUUCCAACAAAUGACAAUCACUUGAUUACGGGAUAUCUGGAGCCGGCCAAUCCAUGGAAACUUGCUGAAAAUGUAAACUAUGAAGAUUUAAUCUCAGCAUACAGGCAAUCUUGUCUAAAACAUGAUUCACAUCCUUUGGAGACUGUUAUAAAACAACUUGAGAAUUUAGAAACAUUUGAAUUACGAAAUGAACAAUUAGAUUUAAAAGGGCAGACAUUGGAUGUUAAUCAUGCAGAACCAUUGGAGGAAAUUUUCAAAAGAGUUCAAUUUAAUAAAAUUAAUUUAGAAGCUACAUCUUUGAAUGAUGAGAGUUCUGUGAUAUUAUUUGAUAUGUUAGAAUAUUAUGAAUCUGCAAAACACUUGAAUAUUUCAUCUAAUCAAGGCAUUGGAAUUCAUGGUUGGGAAGCAUGUGCGAAUAUGAUAAGAAAGACCCAAUGUUUAGAACAUCUUGAAGCUAAGGAUGUAAUUCUUGAUGAACAAUACAUGAAUAUCUUAAAUCGUGCAUUACGAUUAGUCUGCCAUCUACAUGUGCUUAAAUUAGAAAAUUGUGGACUUUCAGGAAGAUCUAUCGUCACACUAGUUGCAGCAUUAAAAAUGAAUACUGGAAUAAGAGAACUUUACUUAGCUGAUAAUGGGCUGGAUCUAUAUGAUGCGAUACAGCUUGGUUCUCUUCUUAGAUUAAAUAAUCAUAUACAAUUACUUGAUAUUAGUAAUAAUGUCAUUCAAGAUGAUGGUGUACGUGAUAUCCUAGAAGGUCUCAUCAGUCAAAUAAACGAGGACAAAGAUGGUAAAGGUUUAAACAUAUUAGUAUUAUGGAAUAACCAACUGACAAAAAAAUCAUCUCCCUAUUUCGCACGUAUUAUAGCAUUAUCUAAAACAUUAGAAAUGUUGAACAUUGGAAAGAAUAUGUUCACUGAUGAAUUGUUAUUUGUUGUAAAAGAUGCAUUGAAAAAAAAUCGUAUUUUGUUACAAUUGGGAAUACAAUCAACUGAACUUACAUGUGAUGGAAUUGUUACAUUAUCUGAAAUUAUUGAAAUAAAUCAGGUUUUACAAAGGAUAGAUUUACGAAAUAAUAGCAUAGGAAUGACUGGAAUGACAGCUCUCAGUUCUGCUAUGAAAAAAAAUAGAAAUAUUACUAAAAUAGAUUUGGAUGAUAAACCUGACAUAAUAGAUGAUCUAAGCCAGAACUUGCGUCAAUACACGCAGCUUGUAGCUGAAAUUCGAAGCUGUUGUUUGAAAAACAAGCAAAAUCGAACAUUAGAAGAAAAUAGCGAAGGUUUUGAAAAUUCAUAUCAUAGCAGAUUUUGUAGUACAACCUCCCGUAAAAUUUCGCUCACUUGUCAAACAUUACCAUGUUCUUUAUCAUCCAUGAUUUCAAUACAAAAAGAUGAAUCUGGACGAUCAAUGCUUGAACCGAAACGUAUUAAUGGAGGUCGUCUUCGUUCCCCAGCCCCUAGUCCUGCUUCCUCACCUAUAGCCAGUCCAAUACUAAGUCCCUCACGAAGUCGGUUUGUGGUGUCCCGAGUUCCAGAAACGUUACGUUCUACAGAUUCCUCAGUAUCUUCGUCAUCAGUUGUUCUUUCAUCCCUUGGAUCAUCACCUACCUGUGUCACUUCUGCAAGUGGGUCAUCUAGAUUUCGUGUUUCAGUUGUUGAAUCAGCAAAUAUCGUAUCGUUACCUAAACCUGUUAUUACUACUACGGAGGCUGAUGUCACAAUUGAUUUAAGUUCGAAAGUUAAUAUUACAGAUUCGACUGAUUCAGAUGACUCUGAUAACGUAUUUGUAUCUGAAUCAGAAAUGAAUAAUGAUCAAACUAUCGAAAAUUUGCAAAGUACUUCGAACAACUUAUCUCAUCUAGUUUUAAAUAUGGUAGAAGAAACUUAUACACCAACAAUAUCUGGAUGUUCUAAUAUAGAAGAAUUAAAUACAAAUAAAUUUUUCAUUAAAGCAAAUGUUAGCACUCAGUCCAAUGAUAAUGUAAGUUCUAUUACUUUAGAACGCAAAGGAAAUAGUGAUGUACGAGACAAUCAAAUUAUUUCAACCCGAUCGGAAGAUGUUUCAGCGACAAGAAAUAUCGAGAAUGUAGAAAAUUGUUAUAACGAAGAUGAAAAAGAUAUAAAACCGUCUGCAACUACAGAUAAAAAUGAUGAAAGUUCUUACAUUACAAUAAGUGAUAAAUCAAUAAUUAGUAACAAAGGUUAUGGUGCAAUUAAUAAAGUAACAAAUACAUGUACGAAUGAAAGUGUAGAAUUGCAAUCACAAACAAAACAUGAUCCAAUACAAAAAAGUACUUCUAAUUUAGGAAAACUACUUUCGUUGUUUCAACAUUCUAGUUGUUUCUUUUCUGAUUCCACUUCUAUUAAUCAAUUAAAAAGUAAAAAUACAUUUCAAGAUAGCAUAAACAGCAUGAUGACUCUUGGAGAUAAAUUCCAUUAUUACAUAAAAGACAAAAAGGAUAGAAUUUAUAAUCGUGAAGCGGAAGAAUCCUCGAUAUCGCUAAAAAGUAAAUCAAAGUUUUUUAAUGUUUCUCAAUUGCCAAGUUUACAAAGUUUAGCAAACAUGAUUCCAUCAUUUAGAUUUGAGGGUACUUUAAAUGCUCCUGAACAAAGUAAUAAAUCUUGUUCUAAAGAAGUAAAUCUUUUAAUUGAAAAGGAUUGCAGAAGCGAUUCAACAGAUAUAGAACAAAAAUGUACUGAUCAUAGUAGUGAAAGUAAAAACUUAAAUGUUUAUUUAAAAGGACAAAAAUCUGUUUCCACUUUAGAUAAUCAAUUAUUAUCUGAAAGUAUAGAAUCAAAAUUUCCUGCUGGUGUUACUAACAAAGAUGUAGUAUUAGCUGCAAAUUGCAUUGUUUCAAAUAUAAUCGAUACUUGUUCUAAAAUUGUGAAUAAUAAUUUAUUAAUGCAUGUUUCAAAUAGUAACACAAUUGUACCUGUACCUAAAUUAAUAGGUAUACCUGAAUACUCUGCUUUAAAAGCAGCUACAAACGAUGUACAGAAACAAAAUAUAGCGGAAAUAUUAGAUAAAGUAGAUCCUAUACUAAUAAAAGAAACGAAUAAUGAAACUUUAACAGACAGUAUUAAUUUUACUAGUGAUAGCAACUCCUUGUCGUGUAGUAUAAUGUAUGAUGUAAGCAAUGAUAUGCAUACUGUACAUACACCUGACAGAAUGCACAAUUUAGUAAUAUUAAAUUUAAGUACAAAAGAUAAUGUUGAAAAUAAUUCUGCUUUUAGUGUAAAUAGUACAGAAAAUAAUAUGGCAUGUUUUGUAUGUAAUGAAAAAUGUGUUUGUAAUGUAAAUAAUAAAUCACUUGAAUGUUAUAAUACGUUGAAGGUAAAUGUAGAAACAAAUUGUUUAAACAAUGAAGUUACCAAAAUGUAUAGUAUUGACAGUAAUAGUGAUAAAAAUGUUUUUAUAAAUGUUCAUAAUAUGCCAACAAGCAAUGAAAUAGAAAAAAUAAAUAUAUGUCAUGUAAAUAAUAGUAGGAAUUGGAAAAGCGCAGUUGUAAAUACCACACCAGAAGCAAAGAUAUCAAAAGUAAAUUGUACGUAUAAAGAUACUAACUUCGAAUUUAGUGAUGGUAAUAAAGAUUCAUGUACUUCAGUACUUUAUAGAGAUGUAAGUACACCAAUAAAACGAAAAAUGACAGAACCAUCUGUUAUAAAAGAUGACAAAUAUUUCGAAAUAAGUAAUGUAAAUGAAAUGAAAAUUAAUAAUUCCAUUGUGGAAAAUACUAUGGAUAAUACGUUCAAACAUAUGAACAUAACUAUGUCUAUACCAAGGAUAUACUCUUGUAUGACAAACUUCAACAUGUUAAUUCUUAGAAAUCUUAUGCAUCACGUAGCAGAUAUCUCUAUCGAUGGGACUCCAAUCAAAAAAUUUUCAUUAAAUAUUACAACUAAUAAUUGGCCGAACAAAAUUAUUAAAGUAAAGACUUUAUUUUGUGAUCUAUCUCAGAUAUCUCAAUUGCCAAUGAAUGCCAUAGUUGAAAAACCAAGAAAUAUUCAUAAUGAUGAUGAAUUACUGAAAAUUAAGGAAAAUACUUCAUUGAAGCAAUGUACCGAAGAAAGUACGAGUUUUUACAAAGAACAGAAAUUCGAAGAAAAUGAGGCUUUUGGAAUUAUUUCCGAAUAUUCUUCAGUACCUGUAAUAGUUGACCCCAUUGUUUGUUCAAAAGAUGUGUCGUAUUUAAAAGGAAAUACUGAUAUGCUCAGUAACUUUGGAUCAAAUAUUGCUCAACAUUUAAAAUGCACAAAUUCAGAUGAUAUAAGUGAUACAACACAUCAAUAUUUAAAUGCAAUUAAAUGUGCAGUUGCCACAACUAUGUGUUCAACAGCUCCAGUGAACACAAAAGGCAAUACAACAGUUGACAUUAUUUCCGAUCAAAGUACUAAUAUUGCUGAGUCUUCAUCAGUAAUUCGUGCAACCAGAUUGGAUAUGGUAACUAUGAAUUCUGAACAAUCGGCAUGUCGCCGAAAACCAGGUGAAAACAGUGAUAUUGGAGGAACAGCUGAUCGAUAUAGAAAUAGAGAUAAUCAGAUUAAUCAAUGUAACAAUCAAAAUGGCCAAGCAAUUGACAAAUCCCCAAAUAGUCCAACAUAUCAUAUCACUGCCUCAUCUGCCGAAGGUACACCCAAUUAUCUUGUUUAUCAGAAAAUGGAAGCUAUUGUAGAAAAAAUGUCAAAUGAAGUUACAGGUAUUCCCGUAAAAACUGUAAAGAAUUUUAUGACAAAAACGCCUUCUGUCUUUACUGGUACUGAUUUAAUAUCAUGGAUGAUGAAGACCAUGGCUAUAGAUGAUCAAGAGGCACUUCAUGUGGCACAUCUUAUGGCAUCUCAUGGAUAUUUCUUCCCUAUUGAUGACCACUGCCUUACUGUAAAAAAUGAUAAUACUUUCUACAGGUUUCAAACACCAUACUUUUGGCCAUCAAAUUGUUGGGAACCAGAAAAUACUGAUUAUGCUGUUUAUUUAUGUAAACGAACAAUGCAAAACAAAACUCGUUUAGAAUUAGCAGAUUAUGAAGCUGAAAAUUUAGCUAGAUUACAAAAAAUAUUUUCAAGAAAAUGGGAAAUAAUUUUUAUGCAAGCAGAAGCGCAAAGUAAAGUCGACAAAAAACGAGAUAAAUUAGAAAGAAAGGUAUUGGAUAGUCAAGAAAGAGCUUUCUGGGAUGUAUUUAGACCAAUGCCUGGAUGCGUUGAUACGACAGAAUUGGAUAUUAAGAAAGCAUGUCGUACUUAUAAACCAAUUUCAAAGCUAAGCAAACAUUUACAAUUACGUAUAGCUAGUACCGACAUUCCAUCUCAUUCAAAAUCGUAUACAGCAUCUUCACUAGAAACAUUAAAUAAAGAGAUUGAAAUAUUAAAAGCUAGAUUAGAUAGAUCAAAUACUAAGGUUUCAAAAAUUUCUGAGGCUCUGAUUGCAUAUUUUGAGCAGUAUAUAGAGUAUGAUCCUUUUUUCAUACAACCUGAAUUCACAAAUCCAUGGGUAUCAGAUAAUUCAGAAAUGUGGGAGCAAGAAAAAUUAGCUAAAGAAAUAUCAACAAGAAGAGUAAAAAGGUGGGGUUUUAGUCUUCAAGAAUUGUUACAAGACCCUGUUGGUAGAGAACAAUUUAUACGUUUCUUGGAUAAAGAAUUCAGUGGUGAAAAUCUAAAAUUUUGGGAAGCUGUGCAAGAAUUGAAAACAUUACCUCAAAAAGAAGUUCAAAAUAAAGUGAACGAAAUUUGGAAUGAGUAUUUAGGUCCAGAUGCUAGUUGUCCAAUUAAUGUUGAUUGUCAGUCUUAUGAGAUAACAAAGAAGCAUUUACAGAAACCUGAUCGAUGGUGUUUCGACAUAACAGCGGCGCACGUUUAUCAUCUGAUGAAAAGCGAUAGUUACUCAAGAUAUCUUCGUUCGGAAAUGUAUAAGGAUUUUCUCAAUGGCUCGAAGAAAAAGACUUCAGUAAAAGGUAUUCGUUCUAUCGUAUCGUUCAGUGGACGCAGGGACACGGCUACGUCGUAAUCACCAG